ACGGGCCAAGUGAAGCAAAACACAAAUAAUCGAAGAAAAAUAUAUAUAAAUAUCAUAAAGAAAAUAUAUAUCGAAAGCAAGAAUAUAGCAAAAAUAUAUGAAAGUGUUUAAAGUGCUGACAAUGUGCAGAAACAAACAUGAAGUGUUACAUAUUGAAAUGCAUUGAUAUCAAACAGUGCUAAAAACAAAGAUUAAAGCCAAGUCAAAGGCAAGCAAAAGUAUCAACAACAAUUGCAAUUGCAAUUCUAAUAUUAAACAACACAAUCGAAGCUAAAGCAAAGGCGAACGCCAUGGCAGCACUCGCUUAUAAAUGGAUUAAAAACAACAACAACAACAACAGCAGACAGUCAACGACACAGCUGCAAUGGUUGCUGUCACGCUCAGCAAUAUUGCUGCUGGUUGUGCUCAGCGUUUUGCCGCUGCCCGCCAGCAGCAACAGCAUCAACAGCAGCAAUAGCAACAGCAGUAGCGACAACUUGGAGGAGUUGGGCGUGGCGACAAGACCGCUGAAACUCGAGAUGGAGCAACAGCAAGCAAACUCUUUGCCCGCCGACAGCAGCAGCAGCAAUAAUUUAAUACAGCGCAAGUAUUUGGUGAUGCAUGCUGCUCUCAAUGGCGCCACUGGCAGCAACAGCAACAACAACAACCAAAACAACAACGAUCACAGUCGCUCGUUGAAACGCGUUUCGUUGACCAACUCGAGCAUCACGUGCAACGAUGGAACUCACGCUGGAUUCUAUCUGAGAAAGCAACCAAACUCCAAGAAGUGGAUCGUCUUCCUCGAAGGCGGUUGGCAUUGCUUUGACAAUCGCUCGUGUCGCGCUCGCUGGAUGCGUCUGCGUCACUUGAUGACCAGCUCCCAGUGGCCAGAGACCAGAGAUGUUGGUGGCAUUUUAUCGCCUCAUGCCGAGGAGAAUCCUUAUUGGCACAAUGCCAAUCAUGUCCUAGUUCCUUACUGUAGCAGCGAUUCCUGGUCAGGAACUCGCACUGAACCCGAUUCACGUGAUCUGGAGAACAAUUGGCGCUUCAUGGGAGCCUUGAUCUUACGGCAAGUGAUUGCUGAUCUCAUUCCCUUGGGUUUGGGUCGCGUUGCUGGCGGAGAACUCUUGCUCGUUGGCUCCUCUGCUGGUGGUUUAGGUGUCAUGCUCAAUCUGGAUCGUGUUCGCGAUUUCCUCGUCAACGAACGCAAACUUCAGGUCACAGUUCGCGGUGUCAGCGACUCGGGUUGGUUCCUGGAUCGUGAGCCCUACACUCCAGCUGCUGUCGCCUCCAGCGAGGCUGUUCGUCUUGGCUGGAAACUGUGGCAAGGACUCCUGCCCGAGGACUGCACCAAGGCGCAUCCCACCGAGCACUGGCGCUGCUACUUCGGCUAUCGAUUGUACCCCACGCUAAAGACUCCUCUGUUCGUGUUCCAGUGGCUCUUCGACGAGGCGCAGAUGCGAGCGGACAACGUUGGCGCUCCCGUGACUCCUCAGCAAUGGAACUACAUCCACGACAUGGGCGGAGCUCUGCGCUCCUCGCUGGACAAUGUGAGCGCUGUGUUUGCUCCCAGUUGCAUUGGCCACGCGGUGCUCUCGAAACGGGAUUGGGUGAACAUCAAGAUCGAUGACAUUUCGCUGCCUGCUGCACUGCGUUGCUGGGAGCAUUCAACACGCCAGCGACGCAAGCGACACGACAAACUCAAGCGAUCCACGGAGGCAACCACAACAGCAUUGCAGCAGCAACAGCAACAGCAGGAGCAACAUCCGAACCAAAGACAUCAGCAUCAGCAGCGACAUCGUCAGCAUCGCCUGCAGAAGCUCAACAAUGUGGAAGAGUCAGUGAAUCAAUCGAAUCCACAACGAAAACGGAAUCAUCUGAGCAAAGAACAACGCGAGGAGCGAAAACGCAGGCGGCAGCAACGUCAAGAGCGACAGCGACGCAAGCAGCGACGUCGCCAGCAGCAGCAGCAACGCAAACGUGAAAACGAAGCCAACAACCAAAAGUUGCAUCGCCAACCGCUGACAGCAGAGCAGCAACUGGAGAGAAAGCAACAGCGACAACAGCAACGAAGACGCAAGUUGCAACAGCAGCAGCAGCAACAGCAGCAGCAGCAACAGUUGCAGCAGAAACAGUUGCUGCAGCAGGAGCAACCAAGCAGCGAACCGCAAAAGCGACGCGCUUCGAACAGCGCCUCGAAGCCGGCAACAAAAUCGAAGCAGCGACAACGUUUGCCACGAGUGCCAGAGAAAUGCGGACUGCGGUUGCUCGAACGUUGCAGCUGGCCACAGUGCAACCAUUCGUGCCCCACGCUCACGAAUCCGUUGACAGGCGAAGAGAUGCGCUUCCUAGAGCUGCUCACUUCCUUUGGCCUGGACAUCGAAGCAGUGGCUGCUGCUUUGGGCGUUGAUAUGCACACGCUGAACAAUAUGGAACGCACCGAACUCGUGAAUCUGCUGACGCAACAAGUCAGCUGAAAGAGAGAAAGAGUCUCUCUCUCUCUCUCUGAAAUCUGUAAAUAGUUGGCCUGUAUAUAGAUAUAGCCAUAGACUCUCCCUGUAAAUAGUUUAGCGAGAAACGAGAAAAGACAUGCGACAAGUAACCCAGUAAUUAAGCACAAUCUAAACAUACAUUUAUUUAUAACACACUCAUUUAGCCACUCGUACGUAUUCGUAAUUUAUUCGCAUUCGCAUCCCACACACAUAACUAACACAAAUGCAACCACAAGACUGUUUUUUAUAGUUUUUUUUUUUUGAGAGUUUGAGUUUGAGUUUGAAUUUGAGCAAACAAUGAAGACAACUUAGCUUAGGAUUAAGUGUAUUUUUGUAAUUUAUUUAGCAUUAAGUGUAGCCAAGACAGGAGCUGUAUUUGUUUUUGUUUCAGACUGUUUUUUUUUUUUUUCAAAUUUACAAAUUACAAAUUACAAAUUGCGAAUGACCUACCUCAACAACAAAAUUAUAAAUAUAUAAACAGCUGCCUAGAACACCAAUUGCGUACCUGUUGCAAAUCAAAAAUCAAAUAACCAACUAAAUCUAUUUAUUUAUUUUUUGUUUAAUCGUUAAUCAUAAUGAUAAAGAUAAAGAUGAUGCCCGCAUUCCGUUCAAAAUAUUCAUACAUAUCUAUUAAUUAAUUGUAGUACUUAUAUAUUAAUUAAUCAACACACACGGCGAACGAACAACUCGAAUACUUAUUAUUUUACAACUUUAGUACUUAAAACGUAUUUCUAAUUCUAUAUUUUAAGUCUAAUUCUAAUCACACAACAAAUACAAAUACUAUUACAUUUAAUUCAUUCACUUGUAAUUAGCCUGUACAGAAAUCGGUUCAAGCAUUAGCCUAAGUAUUGUUGUGCUUAAAUUAUUCCUAAGCUAGAAAACAACAAAAAGAUGAGCACGAAGAUAAUCCGAGCUCUAUUGUCAUUGUUAACUUUCAAACUGAGAACGAGAAAAUACCAAGAAAAACAACAAAAAAAAUACAAAAACAGAAACAAACCCAACUGCAAAACAGACAGCAAAUAAAAACACACAAAAUAUUUGUAUUUGAAAAUUAAA